CUCUCUAUGAUAGAACACCGGCUUUGGAAAAACUGAUUCACGCUGGAGAACGGGAGGCUGGGUGAACCAUGCCUUUCCCUCAACAGCUCUAUGGUUGAAGGCACCCAACCCUUCGCUGCCCUUGAAAAUAGCUCUCGCGGCUAAAACGGAAACCGGAAGUUCCUUCUGGCCGCGUGCUUCGCUUUAGUCUUUCCUCCAUCUCGCUGGUGGCCGCCUCUUAGCUUUGAAUGUGGAGACGCGUGCGCUUGAGGUGUAGGAUCCGCGGCGCCCCUCUGCAGGAAGCCUUGACCCGGCAUGGAGAUUCCUGCGGGGGUGGCACCCAUCAAAGCCCAGUACCUCACCACGAAAGAAGAGUUUCAUGCUUACCUUGAAAAAGAAGAUGGCCCAAAAAGCAAUAAAGGUGACAUUGAUGGUGGUGGUGAUGAUGAUGAUGAUGGAAAGGACAUCAGCAGUGACCCUGUGCAGCCUCCUUCCAAGCUGCAGAAGCUGGAAGAAGACGGAAAGAAAGUUACUCAGCCUGAAGAGGCAGUUGAAGAGCUGAAGAAAUCUCCCAGAAGGAAGAGGUCCCGAGGACAGAACAGAAAUCGGCCGUGCAUGAAUCCCAUGCGUUAUGAGAAGCAUCGCCUGUGCCCGUCGAUAAUCCAGGAACGUGCAGAUAAAUGCUUCUUUGGGCCUCGGUGCCGCUUCCUGCAUGACGUGAAGGAAUACAUGGCCAUGAAGCUGCCGGACCUCGGAGACAGCUGUGUGCUCUUCAAGAACUUUGGCAAAUGCAUGUAUGGAGUUACCUGCCGAUUCUCCGGGGCCCACCUUGGAGAAGAUUACAGGAACGUUGUUAAUGCGGACCUUUUGAAACAGUGGGAGGGGAAACCGAUAGUGAAAAACAGCCUUAGCAAACAACUCCAGCAGCAGCUGCGCAAGAAGAAAGUGGCUUUUGAGAAAUCUAGCCAGUAUCUUCGCUGCUUGGGCAAACCCAGCCAUGCAGCCACAGGGGGGAAUGAUGUGACAAACUGUUCGCUUUCCAAAGGGAGUGCAGAAGCUGCCAGAGAGGAGGGACUGGAGGUGGUUGGCGGGUUGGACAGAGAAGAGUCUGCAUUGGAGGGUGCCUGCCCACCAGCGGACACUGCUGUCAAAACGGCUGGUGCCAUCACAGAUGAAGAUAUUGUAAAACUGAGGCCUUGUGAGAAGAAAAAGCUGGAUCUCCAGGGCAAGCUCUACCUGGCUCCUUUAACAACGUGUGGCAAUCUCCCAUUCCGGAGAAUAUGCAAGAGGUUUGGCGCCGACGUCACCUGUGGAGAGAUGGCAGUGUGCACCAACCUGCUUCAGGGGCAGUCGUCGGAGUGGGCAUUGCUGAAGCGGCACAACACGGAGGAUGUCUUUGGCGUGCAGCUGGAAGGAGCCUUUCCAGACACCAUGACCAAAUGCGCGGAGCUUCUGAACCAGGCCAUCGAAGUGGAUUUUGUGGACAUCAAUGUCGGCUGCCCAAUAGACCUGGUGUAUAAGAAGGGAGGAGGCUGUGCCUUAAUGAGCCGCACCAACAAGUUUGAACAAAUUGUCCGGGGCAUGAACACGGUCUUAGAUGUCCCCCUGACUGUGAAGAUCCGGACCGGAGUCCAAGAGAAAGUCAACCUGGCUCACAAAAUCAUCCCCAACCUCCGAGAAUGGGGGGCCUCUCUGGUCACACUCCACGGCCGAUCGAGAGAGCAGCGCUACACAAAGGGGGCGGACUGGGAGUACAUCGCGGAGUGUGCCAAGCUCGCCAGCCCAAUGCCCCUAUUUGGAAAUGGGGACAUCUUGUCUUACGAAGACGCAAAUCGAGCCAUGCAGACUGGAGUCUCGGGGAUCAUGAUUGCAAGGGGGGCGCUGAUCAAGCCAUGGAUAUUCACGGAAAUCAAGGAGCAGCGGCACUGGGACAUUUCUUCUAGCGAACGGCUGGACUUGCUUAAGGACUUUACCAGCUACGGCCUGGAGCACUGGGGGUCGGACACUCAGGGUGUGGAGAAGACCCGGAAGUUCUUGCUUGAAUGGCUUUCAUUCCUGUGCAGGUACAUUCCAGCCGGCCUGCUGGAACGACUGCCACAGCGAAUCAACGAGAGGCCUUCGUACUACAUGGGGCGGGACUACUUAGAGACCCUCAUGGCGAGCCAGAACGUGGGCGACUGGAUCAAGAUCAGCGAGAUGCUUCUGGGUCCUGUUCCUGACAACUUCACUUUCCUGCCAAAACACAAGGCCAAUUCUUACAAAUAGGUCCACGGGGCGAGGACGAGAAGACAGAAUUUCGUCUCUGCCUGGGAGGCCAACAAAUGCUUUGCCGCUUUAUCUGCUUUAAAUUAAAACAAAAUGUCUAUUUUUAA